AUGUCAAGUCUGUCAAACUUGUCAAAUCUUUGGCGUUCUUGUGACAUUAAGCGAGAGUAGGAAGGUUCGUCGAAAUGUCUCAGGAAAAGAAAUGCGUCCACCAAACGGAAGACGUAAGUGAGCCGGUUUCGACAGAAGAGGAUACGUUUGGGUCUUCGAUAAGCUUCAGUGUCGGAGAGAACUCGGUUAGGAUUAAGGAGAAGCCGAAAACUGCAGCGGAGACAGAAAAUAAGCCAGAGGCUGAUAAGUGGUGGCUUAAGAGACCAGAGACUCGAAUGGGCAGUUUUGAUUGGAAAAGUGUUCACGCGAAGGGCAAAGCUUCGCCCUCACCUUCUCCGGAUGUUAGUUCGUCGAUGAAGGAAUUUUUAGAAAAGGAGAGACUGUGCAAAGCUUUACAUAAGAGCGAGGGCGAGGUGAAAGACAAAGACGAUACCCUUUGCGACAUUCUAGCUUCCACUGCCUUCGACAAGUAUCCGUCCGACUUUGAGAAUGCCACUGACGAGGAUAUUGGUAGUAUCUUAGAGGAGAUGAGCAAGAUUGCUGGAGCACUAAGUCCUAAUACUGCUCCGGAACAUACUAAGUCAGGACAUUCUAGCAAAAAUCCUACCGAAGAGGAAAAAUCGGUUGAGGAAUUACUGGAGGAAGCGGAGAAACUAGUGCAAAAGAACAGCGGAACUAUUUCAAAGAGUGGCUCGAAGUCUGACACAUUACUUCCAGAAAGUAAUGUGAACCAGGAGCCAACGGAGAGUUUGGCCAGAGUAAGACAUUUGGAGGCACAUAUCUUUGAGAUGAUCGAAGCUGAAGUACACAAAGAGUCAGAAAAGAUUAAACGGAGUCCAAAGAAUGAGAAGAAAAGGGAGUCGAGUCCAAGUUUUGAAAUUGUUUAUGAAAAUCUCAAACCUGCUAAGACCUUGGAACUUCAGCGGAGGAGGUUCGAGGAGCAGAAAGUGGAGAUAUCCAGCAGCUCUGAUUUGGACGAUCCGAUUGAACGACACUCGAAAUCUGAAGAAUUCAGAGCAACUAAAAAAGUAGAGCCUAAGGACAACCUUCAGAAAGAGAUCACUGAUGUCGAUAAGGACUUCUUCGAUGGCAUACUCAAAAGGUCCAAGGAAAAGCUGGAAGGUGGAUUAUCGGGAAGCUCCAGUUUUGGUCAGGAAGAUUUCUCCCAUUUUCUGAAACUACUGCAGGGCCAGAAUGAUAAGGAGAAACCUUUGGAAAACCAAGAUAACGCAUCAUUUCUUUCGGUACAUAAAUCACAGGCACAAAACAACGGAGAGAAGAGUCCUGCAUUUCCUGAAAAAGAGAUCUGGGAAAUUCUAGAAAAGGAAUUUCCUAAGGUUGAACCAAAGAAACCGGUGCAUGAGAUCGUAGAAUCAGACUCCAGUGGAAGAUCCGGUCCUACGGAGAAGUCAUCGAAGAGUCAAGGAUCUUGUUCCGGGCGCUCCGCCACAGAUUAUUCAAAGAAAAAUAUUUCUACACAGAAAUAUUCCAAAGAGCGGAAGUGUUUGAAGCAGAAAGUGAGUGAAGAUAAAAAAGUGAAGGAUUCAAAUAAUGAGCUUUACGAAGUAGGUCUCACGCCGAGAUUAGAACUGUUUGCUGAUGCGAUUCCGAAACUCAUUGCUGAGAAGUCCAGUGAAAACUUGAAGAAGCAAGAGCAAGAAGAAAUUGAGAAAGUCCACAAAGACAAGGAAAAAGCCCAAAGUGAUGUGCGAGUUUUGACUCAACAGUCUUCAAUGGAGCGAAAUGCUAAACAUCCUGAAAAUAUUAGCCAUAAGGAAACUCCCAAAGAUGCCGAAGAAGCUGUGAAUUUAAUUUUAAGAAAAGACUCUCCACAUGCGCAAGUGUCUAAUAAUCCGACUAUUAAAAAUUCUACGUUUGACAAAUCCAAGUCCAACGAACAAGAGUGCAGACCCAUAAAUAAUUUAACCAUGUCGUUGGAUAAUAUCAAAGACAUAAAGCCAGUGGAACCGUUAAGAAAGUCAACUGUUGUCGUGCCAAAGAAAUCCCCUUUAUCAAAGUCGAAGUUGCCACCAAAACCAGUGUCAAAGUUUGUGACUAAGGUGAAAUUAUCUCCGAAACCUAGAAAGGAUUCUAAUGUAGGCUUAGCUUCGGUAGCUUUUGGAUCUAGGGUCCCUAUGGUUAAAUCCACGGAGAGCCUUUCGAAGUAUUCUCUUGCCGGAGGAGACACAAAAAGGAACUUAUCGAAGAGCGACUGGGAAGUGCUAUGUCGCGAAGAGAGACAUAAAAAUGCUUUGUUAAAAGAACAAAUAGACUCCGAGGCGAAGUUAUAUAAGACCCAGAUGGAGAGCAUGCGGACAGCUUUCGAGGAAGAAUUGUUCGCUUUAAAGAAGCAAAACAUCCUUUUGAAAGCCAAAGUCGACGAGAUGUCGCUGAACGAGAAGAGACCAGAGGUUCGGAAUAAAAAUGACGUUAAGCUUCUCUCUCUGGAAAGGGAACUGAACAAACAGGAGAAUCUCAUUCAAGCUUAUGAGGUUGAGAACAAGAAAUUGGUGCAAGAAGUAAAGUGUUUACAGGAUCAAAUGAAGAGUAUGCAAAAGAAACAAAAGGCUGCUCCAAUGCAGGCCAAUGAAUCGCAGCAAUUGUUGGAUCGCAUAAAAGAUUUGCAGGAAGAAGCUCUGAAGACUCGCUUGGAGGUCUCUGCCCUUCGAGAGAAGAAUACUGACUAUUCGAUGAAGAACGAUGACCUGAUCCAGCAGAAUAGUUUGCUUAAGGAGGAACUGGAAAUGUUUAAGGAGCAAUUACGUACAAAGAAUAACUACAUAAACGAUCAGCUGCAAAUGAUGACUACUGCAGAAUCAGAAUUGAAGAAACAAGUCGAGGACCAGAGGGUGGAGUUAGGUUCGAAGACGGAGCAACUGAGAUCGACAAGAUUUGAGUUGGAGAAGCUGCGCCAGGAAGUUCUUCCCAUGGAAAAGGAGUUAUUGGACCUGAAACAGAAAGAAGUGUACAUGAAGGAAAAGCUUCAGGUGUCGAAGAGUCACGUAGAAAGGGAGAAACAGCUUUCGCUGAAAUUGAAGGAUCAGGUAAUCCUGGAUAAUAAAAGGAUCCUGGAUCUGACUCGUCAGGUGCGAGAAAUGGAGAGGAUCCUGAAGAGGAAGAACCCAGACUCUGUCUCCGCUCUGAUACUUGCUGCCAACUCUGAACACGAAAAGAUAGGAACGGAGAAGGUCAGGCUUCUAGAAGAAAGGAUUACGGUUCUCGAGGGGGAAAUUAAAAUCAAGGAAGAUAGUGCUCAACGAAUGCUCCUUGAUUUCCAGAAGAAAUUUACCGAAAUGAAAGACAGAUACGACUCGCAGGUGUUGGACCUUGAAGGGAAACUUCUCGAGGCGACUGAAAUGAAGCGCAAGGUCUUUAACGACAUGUUCACUCAAACUGCGAACACGCACGUAGAAAGUAAAGGAGUUGAGACGUUGAAAAGAGAAGAAGCCACCAAAGCAGCGUCUUUCGAUAGGGAUGAGAAGAAGGAACCGAAAGCCGUAAAAGUUGGGCCAAAGUCUCAGAACCCAAAAGAGGAUGCGCAUCUGAUCGCUACCAUUCGAGGGCUCAAAUUGGAGUUAACUAACAAGGAGAAGACUGUCUCGAAGUUGACCAAAGAGUUUCAGGAAUUGCAGAAAACUAACAGGAGGCUUCAGAAGGAGCGCGAGAAGCUACUGAACGAAAGGAAGUCCGUCAGAAGUUUGGAAACCGAUAGGAAUGGCAAAGGACCUUCCGAUCCCAAAUCGAUUACCCCGAAGACUACAGAGAACGAUCAGAACUCCAAUGUGUAUCAGAAUGGACACUUGCCAGCUUCCAAUUCUCAAAGACUUUCCGCCUCGAAUCAGAGACUCUACGACCCUCUUCAGUAUUCCGAAUCCGGAGAAACGGCCACAACGAAAAGACUCGUCAACGAAAACGACAUCUUAAAGGAAGAGCUGAACAAAGUGAACAGGGACUUUAUGGCUCUGAAGAACAAGCGGCUUCAUGAUCUGAAUCUUCUUCAAGAAGAACACGAGAGGGAGAUGGCAGCUCUCGUCAAGGAAUACAGCAUCAAAUUUGGUGACUCUAAAGUGGUAAAGUUGCAGGGUCAGAUUAAUACGCAGGUCGCUGUAAUCUCACAUCUGAAGGAGCAGAUUGAAAAGUUGAGAGACUACAAAGAGCAGGUGGUGGUCCUCAGAGCUGAAAGGGAGCAUUUGGAGAACAAGGUGAAAAGUCUGACGGAGAAGGUGAAAUACUUAUCAAGCCCGGGCACCGAGCAGCUCCAGUUGUUGCAGGAUAAAAUCACAAUUCUUCAGCAGCGCCACGAAAGCCGGGAGAUGACUCUACAAGCUUUGGUCAGAGAUCUGCUCCGAAAUAAGACUCAGUGCAAGAAUUGCAAGGGGGAGACUGGGAAAAACAAGCAGCUCUGCUAUUUCAGGCUAGAGCUGGACCACAUCCUAGGAAUGCUCCAAGAAAUUGCGAACGAGCAUUAAAACCGAGUUAGAAUAAGUUCGAGACCUUCUUCAGAUGGAUGUCAUAGCUGGGGUUCAUUUCGAACCUAAUUUAGCUGAAAAAGGAACGGCUUUUGUUAGAGUGUCAACACAGAAUUUCUUAAUACAUUCGCGAGCGGCAAAUUUUUUCCCUUUCAAAUACUGAAUACCGGCGAAAAUAAUGAAAUUCUGAAACUGGUUGCCGCAAACUUGUGUCGUUAAAGUAAGGAUAAAAAUGAUGAAAUUUGUGCGCUGCGCCGCCUAACGAUUAGUGAGCCAACUAAGCAGGACGUGAUUUCACGUCAGCGGUCGCGAAUGUGUUAAGGUGAUA